AUGGUGCCGUUUGAUUCUGCAGGCAAGCGUGUCCCAUGCAAGUUGGUCGUCCGAAAACUCCCCGCCAAUCUUCCCGCUUCCGUGUUUUGGGACUCGGUGAAGCCGUGGCACGAGGCGAUUGAACGAAGCCGGUUCCAUCCUGGUCAUCUACAACCCGAAAAAGACCUUGAAGUACAUUCCUACGCGAUCCUCUUGUUUAAAUCACCAGAACAAGUGACAAGCUUUUUUCUCCAUUAUCAGAAUCAUGCGUUUGUAAACAAGAACAACGUUCGCUAUCAUGCUUCUGUUGCAGUAGCCCCAAAUCAAAAGUGGGUCGCUCAUGGGCGAAAGGAUUCACGGAUGGGCACCUUGGAGGAGGAUGAGGAUUUUAUUCAAUUCAAAAAGUCACUAGAGUCCGCAGAAGCGGAUUCUUCCCUAAAACCCAGCUUCCCACUCGCCCCAGAAGAUUCAGUGGUAACGACCGAGCCCGUGAAAACGACAACGCCGUUACUUGAAUACGUCAAGGCAAAACAGCAAAAAGCCCAGGAACGAGCUCAACACCGAAAGGAAAAGGCCCGUCAGAAGAAAUUAUCUAAGCAACAACGUAAGCAACAACAACAAGACGCUGCAGGCGGUGAACCCUUAGCCGCAAAAUCUUCGGGUACGAGCGCGCAAAGCAUUUCGAUAGCAAUUCCAGCCGAUGCAACUUCAGCCACUGCAAAUAUUGCUGAUAAUGCCUCAAGUGUUUCAAUUGAAUCGCCGUCCGUUGGUUCUAUCCCUGCCGCAACUCCCUCUUCCAAACCCUCUGCUGCUCAUAAAGGUCCACGCAGGGCGAAUAAAAAAACAAAAAAACAGUCUGCUGAGUCCAACGUGGCUUCCCAGUCGCUAAAUCCACCCAAAAAAAAUGCAAAGAAGAAACCGCGACCCAAACGUGUUCCAAAGUCUACCACUUGA